AUGGCCAACUCAACACUCUCCCCACCACAGUCGCUAGACUCCUCGAACUCCACGUCUCAGAGGCCCAUACCUGCAAAUCGGGCUUAUACUGCGCCAGACAAGAUGUCUGUUAAUGGCCACUUUGCCUCCGUCGGUCAAAAUGGCGACAGCAACUUCGAGAACGGGGUCCAGGUCGUGGACGAGGACAAAGAUUUCAAUCCCAAUCUCGCCAAGUACUUGCAGCACACCGGUGUAUCACAUGCAGGAUUUAAUUACCAUACGAUUUCUGUCUUCGGGUCCCAGUCCACCGGCAAGUCCACCCUAUUGAAUGCGCUCUUCAAUACCGACUUCAGCGUUAUGUCGGAAGCCGAAAGGCGUCAGACAACCAAGGGAAUAUGGUUGUCAAAGAACAAGUCUUCAUCCACCUCCAUGGCGGAUAAUAUCCUGGUCAUGGAUGUCGAAGGAACAGAUGGUCGCGAAAGAGGAGAAGAUCAAGACUUUGAGCGAAAGAGUUCCCUGUUCGCUUUAGCCACAAGCGAAGUCUUAAUGGUCAAUAUUUGGGAACAUCAGGUCGGUUUGUACCAAGGUGCAAAUAUGGGACUACUCAAGACUGUGUUCGAAGUCAAUCUACAACUCUUUCUCAAGGACAGGAAGUCCAUGUCCAGGAGUUUACUCUACUUCGUCAUCCGAGAUUUCCUAGGGACUACCCCACUACAGAAUCUGCGAAAUACUUUAAUGCAGGACCUAAGUAGGAUCUGGACCAGUCUUUCAAAACCACCAGGAUUGGAGAAGAGCAGCAUUGAUGACUACUUCGAUUUUGCUUUUACCGCCUUGCCCCAUAAGCUCUACCAGCCAGAUCAAUUCAAGGCAGAGGUUGUUAAGAUGGCUACGCGGUUCAAAGACGGCCAUCGAGAUCGCAGAAGGGACGCCUUACUUGGCGAAUUUGAGGGCGGUAUAUUCCUUCCAGAAUACCACAGAAGAAUACCGGCAGAUGGGUUUUCGCAUUAUGCUGAAGGUAUUUGGGAUCAAAUUGUCAACAACAAAGACCUUGACUUGCCGACCCAGCAAGAACUUCUCGCCCAAUUUCGUUGUGACGAGAUUAUGCGGGAGGUUGUGGUGGCCUUCGACGCUGCCAUCACCCCCAUUGAGACCAAGCAAGCAGAUGCUACCCGAAGUGGCCGACCCGAAGUCAUUAAAGGUCUGGGAGCGGCGAUGAAAGCUGCAAGAUUGGACACCAUCAAGAAUUUCGAGACCGAAGCAAGCAGAUAUCACAAGGCUGUGUACCAGCGGAAACGGGUCGAAUUGGAAGGCAAGAUUGAUACCAGACUGAAAGCGCUUUACAGUGGUCAAUUAUCAGCAGCGCACAAGGAUGGGGUUCAACACUUCUCCGACGCUGUUAGCAGCGCGGUAAAAUCUGGACAGAAGAAGGGUGCUUCAUAUGAUUUUGCUGAGAUCGUCAAGGAGCAGAAGAAACUGGCUUUGCAGAAAUUCGACACCGCCGCCAAGGAGGCCACCCUUGAAGGUCUACCAUGGUCCAACUACAAACAAGAGCUCACUCUUUACCAAAAAGAUCUUGACAAGAUCUCUGGUCAGCUACGACGUGACGAGAUGCGUCGUUUGGCUACUAGGGUGGAGAGAUGGGUGAGGAGCAAGUUGAACGACAGCAUAGGUCUGGAGUUUAAUGCACUUGGCUCAGGCCGAGGCGGGUCUGGUGCUCCGGAGAACGGAGAAAAGCCUACUGAGCAAGGCAUCUGGGACCGAAUCUGGGUCCUCUUUACCGAAACCGUACAAGAGGCUGAACGAAGAUUUGCUGAUCGAGCAGCUUCCUUUGACGCAAGUGCCGAAGAGGUUGAAGUUGGUGUUUGGCGACUGAGAAGGAAAUCCUGGGGUGUCUUGCGGUCGAAGAUUGACGAGGAAAUGAUGGAAGGCAACCUCUUGCUGAAAUUACGAGAAAACUUCGAAGACAAAUUUCGAUAUGACGAGGCUGGCGUUCCUAGGAUAUGGCGACCCACGGACGAUAUCGAAGGAAUUUACACCAAGGCGAGAGAGAGCACAUUGACUUUGAUCCCAUUACUGGCUCGCUUCAGAAACUCUCAGUCAGGCAAUCCUCCACCACUUGACCGAUGGAUCGGUCCGGUACCCGAAGCCGCCACUCCUGCGGAUGAAGAAGAUCUAACACCAAUCGGUGGUGUUGACGAGGAAGAGGGAGUCUCCCUGGAAGAGGAAACUACGAUGCUUAAUGAAGCCAAACGCCAGGAUCUCACAGUCCGAUUCAAGAAGGCUGCGGAUGGUGUCUAUGUCGAAGCCAAGCGUAGCGCGAUUGGUGGCAUGACCCAAGUCCCGCUUUAUUUCUACGGUUUGCUCCUCGCCUUGGGGUGGAACGAGAUCGUGGCUGUCCUCCGAAAUCCAGUGUACUUCAUUUUCUUGAUCCUCCUUGCAGUUGCAGGCUACGUCACAUUUACAUUGAACUUAUGGGGUCCAAUGCUAAAAAUGGCAAAUGCUGCUUCUGCUCAGGCGCUCGAGGAAGGGAAGAAACGUCUUCGCGAUUUCCUCGACGAGUCACCAACUGCACGCCAAGCUUUGGCUGCAGCAGGUGGAGACGAGUAUGAAUUGACCAGGCGAUCACCCUCUUCAAGGUCGCAAAAGUUGAAAACCGACGGUGCUGAAGAUGAUGAUGUCGACGAUAUUUAG